CCCCCUUCUUCGGCCCGUGUUUAGUAAGUGGCGUUACCGGCCGGUGCCGGGGCUCGCUUUCCGCCGAGCUUCUGACAAAUCCGCUUCAGCUUAAUUUGUUUUUCCUGCUAACACCUUUCGAUGCUGUCGCAAACUAUCAUGAGCUUUCCUGCCGGUUUCUCUUUUCUUCUGCGCUCAUUCUAGACCGGUCGUACUAGUUAGUAGAAUGGCUGCUGACACGAGAGAUCCGCAGCCCAACGAGCUGCCCAAGGGAUUCGUCAUAGGAAAAGAUGGCAAGCCUUGUCGAUCAUGCACUUCGAAGAAGGAUUUCUCUACGUGGGCACAGAUGACCAAAUCCUCUCUCAAGUCUGGUAGUAAUGCUGCGACAGGCGCUGCUGUUGGUGCUGGAGCUGGCGCGGGCGUGGUGGCCACCUCUACGUCUUCGUCGCCGCAUCCUACUCCGGAUGAUUGUCCAGCCGACGUAGAGACGCUGGGCCGAAGCACGUGGACCUUAUUGCAUUCCAUUGCCGCAACGUAUCCUAAGACACCAAGCGCCGCUCAGCAGUCCGACCUUCGGACAUUCAUGGGAGUCUUCUCAAGACUGUAUCCGUGCUGGGUAUGUGCCGAGGAUUUCCAGCGGUACAUAGAGAAAGACCAUGUCCAGGUUGGCAGCCGCGACGAGUUCGGAAAGUGGCUGUGCGAAGCGCAUAAUGCCGUCAAUGUCAAGUUAGGCAAGGAGGAAUUCGACUGUUCUAAGUGGGAGGAGAGAUGGCGGACCGGCUGGAAAGACGGGCGCUGCGACUGAGUUGAGAUUCUCUUCCGGAGAAACUUACAAUUAUUAAUUCGCGAUGCUAUCCUUUGGCCGAGGUCUAACCCGGUUUUGAUUAUUAAGGU